UCUUAUACUUUACACUCCGGCAUAGAGUUCAUUUGUAGUCAUCACCUAAAGAAGAGGUGUUGUCUUUCAAGUGAGGAGCGUUAUAUCUGGCAACCUUUUUAACCAGGACUAGCAAGAUCUACGAUUCCGUGACCUGAAGAAUCAGAGGUCUCUCAUUGGUCAAUACUUCAACAUUUCACGCUUUUUUGGAUUUUGUAUUUAUUUAUUUUUUGGUAAUAUUUUAAGGAAUAAACCACUUUGAGUAGCCUGCGGAAGCUGUGUGGAUCGGGACACAGUAUGGAAACUCUUUAAAACAGGACUAGCAAGAUCUAUAAUUCGUUAAGCUAAAGAAUCAGAGGUUUUUCGGGAUGAUGUUUUGGCCAAAGACCUCGCAAAAACCUCCCAGUUUUUAGAGUGUUUUUGGUUAUAUUUUGAGGACAAAUUGUGCUCCAUGUCCCUUCCCACUUUGAACAGCCUGGGGAAGCUGUGUGGAUCGCAACGCAAUCUGCCAACCUUUUAACCAGGACAAGCAAAAUUCACGAUUCCUUGACCUGAAGAUUCAGAGGUUUUUCAGGUUGACGUUUUUUGACCUCUCAUUGGUCAAUUCUUCAACAUUUCACCCAAAUGUUUUUGAUCACAAUUUGAGGACUAAAACACUUUAAAAAACCUGUGGAAGCUGUGUGGAUCAGGACACAAUCUGGCAACCAUUAAACCAGGACGAGCAAGAUCUAACACUGGUUGACCUGAAGAAACAGAGGUUUUUCAGGUUUGACCUUUUGACUUCUAAUUGUUCAAUAUACUUCAACAUUUCACCAUUUUUUUAGCGUGUUCUUGGCCACAAUUUGAGGACUAAACCACUUUGAAUAACCUGCGGACGCUGUGUGGUUGUGGACACAAUCUGGCAACCAUUUAAAACAGGACGAGCAAGAUCUAAUACUGGUUGACCUAAAGAAUCAGAGGUUUUUCAGGUUGACAUUUUGACCUCUCAUUAGUCACAACUUCAGCAUUUCACCAUUUUUUGGAGUGUUUUUGGUAACAAUUUGAGGACUAAACCACUUUGAAUAACCAGCGGAAUCUGUGUGGAUUGAAACACAAUCGGGCAACCUUUUAAACCAGGAAUAACAAGAUCUAACAUUAAUUGACCUGAAGAAUCAGAGGUUUUCGGUUUGAUGUUUUGGCUAAAGACCUCUCAAAAAACGAUUUUUUUAAGUGUUUUUGGUCAUAUUUUGAGGACUAAACCACUUUGAUUAGCCUGGGGAUGCUGUGUAGAUCAGGACACAAUCUGGCAACCUUUUAACCAGGACAAGCAAGAUCUAAGGUUGGUUAACCUGAAGAAUCGGAGGUUUUUCUGGUUGACGUUUUGAUUUCUCAAUGGUCAAUACUUCAAGAUUUGACCAUUCUUUCGAGUGUUUUCAUUACAUUUUGAGGAGUAAUAGUGUGCUGUGUCCAUGCCGUCCCUUCUCAUUUUGAAAGGUCUAAGGAAUCUGUGUGGAUUGGGACACAAUCUGGCAACCUUUUAACCAGGACAAUCUUGAUCUAAGACUCCUUCCUCUGAAGAAUCAGAGGUUUUUCAGGUUGACGUCUCAAAGACCUCCUAUUUAUUAGGAGUGUUUUUGGUCACAUUUCGAGAACUAAUCAUGCAUCAGAGGUUUUUAGCUUGAUGUUUUAACUUCUCAUGUAUCAAUUCUUCAAGAUUUCACCCUUAUUUGCAGUGUUUUUAGUCAUAUUUUAAGAACUAAUCCUGCGCCGUGUUCAUGCCAUCUCUAACCACUUUGAAAGGUCUAAGGAAGCUUUUGUAGAUCAGGAUGCAAUCUGGCAACCUUUUAACCAGUACUAACAAGAUCGAUGAUUGGUUGACCUGCAGGAUCAAAAGUUUUCAGGUUGACAUUUUGGCCAAAGACCUCCUAUUGUCUGGAGUGUUUUUGGUCACAUUUUGAUGCUGUCCCUUCCCACUUUGAACAGCCAGGGGAAGCUGUGUAGAUCAACACGCAAUCUGCCAACAUAUUAACCAGUACAAGCAAGAUCUAAGGUUUGUUGGCCUAAGGAAUCAGAUGUUUUGACCUCUCAUUGGUCAAUACUUCAAGAUUUGACCAUUUUUGGGAGUGUUUUGGUCACAUUUUGAGAACUAAUCGUGCACUGUGUCCACGUCAUCCCUUCCCACAUUGAACAGCCUGGGGAAGUUGUGUGGAUCGGGACACAAUCUGGCAACCUUUUAACCAGGAGUAACAAGAUCUAAGACUGGUUGACCCGAAGAAUCAGAGGCUUUGGCCAAAGACCUCUUAAGGACUUCCCAUUUUAUUUUGAAGUGUUUUGGUCAUAUUUUGAGGACUAAUUGUGUGCCGUGUCCAUGCCAUCUCUUCCGACUUUAAACAGCCUAGGGAAGCUGUGUGGAUCAGGGCGCAGUCAGCAUGUAAAUCGCACUCGCAUCAAGCGCGCACACUCCGUCAAGCGCAUGUCAGUCAUCGAGGACGGACGAGUGGCAGAAGUGCUGUAUCUGAUCCCCAAACAGUCAGUGAAGCAACAGCUGCCGUUCAUCAAUCCUGAUGAUUAUUAUAUGACAGAGAGCCUCACGCCUGUGGCCCAUACACAGGAGUCUCACCACCAGACGGAGAAGCCUUUGAUUCGCUGUGCUAAAUGUGGAGAGUUGUGCAAAGGAGAGGUGUUACGAGUGCAGGCCAAACACUUCCACAUCAAGUGCUUCACAUGCAAAGUAUGUGGCUGCGAUCUGGCCCAGGGAGGAUUUUUCAUGAAGAAUGGAGAAUAUCUGUGCACUCUGGACUACCAGCGCAUCCACGGCACGCGCUGUAACAUCUGUGGAGAGUUUGUGGAGGGAGAGGUGGUGACGGCGCUCGGAAAAACCUACCACCCAACAUGCUUUGUGUGCACAAUCUGCAAGAGACCAUUUCCAGCUGGAGACAGAGUAACUUUCAAUGGCAAGGACUGUCUGUGUCAGUACUGUGCAGAGCCAAUGUCUCCGGGACCCACCAAAGAUGUCGUCGGACCCAGCAGUGAGUACGAGAAGAAAAACUCAAAAAGUUGUGCCGGCUGUGGCAGAGACAUUAAGAACGGCCAGGCUCUGUUGGCUCUAGAGAGGCAGUGGCAUUUGGGUUGUUUUAAAUGUAAGGCCUGUGCCAAAGUAUUGACCGGAGAAUACAUCAGCAAAGACGGCGCCCCCUUCUGUGAGCGGGAUUAUCAGCUUCAGUUUGGAGUGCAGUGUGAAGCAUGUCAGCAGUUCAUCACAGGGAAAGUUCUGGAGGCAGGGGACAAGCACUAUCAUCCCAGCUGUGCUCGCUGCAGCAGGUGUAACCAGAUGUUCACUGAAGGAGAGGAGAUGUACCUGCAAGGAUCAACAGUUUGGCAUCCAAGCUGUAAACAUUCACCUAGAGGCGAAGAGAGACAGCGGCUAUUGCCUGCAUCUCUAGCUCUGCUCAGCAAAACAGAAAGGCAGCCGACACGCUCGUCGUCCGAGAGUAUAUGUUCCAGACCUGGUUCAAGCAUACCUAGCUCACCGGGUCACACCAUUUAUGCAAAAGUAGACAAUGAGAUCCUUGAUUACAGGGAUUUAGCAGCCAUUCCCAAGGUCAAAGCCAUUUAUGACAUUGAGCGUCCAGAUCUAAUCAACUAUGAGCCACUUUACACCACAUCCCUGGAUGAGUCCGAGGAGAGAGAGAGUGUGGCAGAGCUUCAGAGCUCCAGGAGAGAGUCUUCACCCAUGCCUGAUGACAGAACCAGGUCACCCACACCAUCUGCUGAGGGCUACUAUGACAUGAGAGAACGAAUCCUCCACAGGUCGACGAGUCAAGGCUCCAUUGGUUCUCCCAUUUACAGCCGCCACAAUUACACACCAACCCUGUCCCGCUCACCACAACACUUCCACAGACCCGGCACUGAGCCAUCUAGCGGCAGGAGUUCUCCAGGCUCCAGCACUCCUCCUCUCCUUCUGACUCCUAAACAUUUCCACCUGCCAGAUCAAGGAAUGAACAUCUACAGGAAGCCCCCGAUCUACAAACAGCAUGAUUCAGCUGCCUUUGCAGCCCAGAGCAAGUCUGCUGAUGACAUCAUCAAAUCGGCCAAAUUCCCCUCAGCGUUCGCUCCUGGUCCAGACUACCCUACAAAGAUAGAGACAGACUGCUGGUCCUUCCCCAACUUUCACGCUGCCCUAGGAACAGAUGGGAGAAGAAGGUCAAAAGAAGAGGAUGAGGAGGAGAUCCAGAAACGCAGGCAGAUUCAGGAGGAACAUCUUAAUAAGAUUCAGUCUGGUUUGGGGAAAAUGAUCCUGAAAGAGGAGAUGGAGAAGGAGAAGAUUCGAGAGCGUCAUGCAAGGAGUCUGUCAGCACAACGCUACGAACACGGAAGCAAUCAAAGUUCACCAUCUAAAACCGGUUCAUUGCCAGGAUAUGGGCGAAAUGGACUGCACCGUCCUCAGUCCACUGAUUUCACACAGUAUAACAGUUAUGGGGACGUGUGUGGUGGCAUAAGAGAGUUUCAGCCUAUGCAUGACGGCCAUCGAACACCCACUAGAAUGGACAGAGGAGUGUCUAUGCCGAAUAUGCUGGAACCAAAGGUUUAUCCGUAUGAAAUGCUAAUUAUAACCAGCCGUAGUCGCUCCAAACUGCCCAGAGAUGUGGACAGAACCCGACUAGAGCGCCACCUGGCUCCAGAAGUGUUCUUCGAAAUCUUUGGGAUGGAAAUUCAGGAAUUCAACAGGUUGCCUCUGUGGAAACGCAAUGAACUGAAGAAGAAAGCCAAACUCUUCUGAGAUGGAAAUCUGCCCACAUCUGCACACGCUCACCUGAUGUAUCACACAGCUGUUUACUCCUCCUCCGAUGUUUCUCGCCUAUAACUAUAGCCAGAAGAAAGUCCCAUGCUGCAAUAUUAUCAUACGAUGUCAGUCUGAAAUGAACGGAGGAUCCAACCUACUCAUCUAUAAAUCUCCAAAAAUGUGUAACACUCGAUUUAUUAUUUGACUGUCUGUUCCUUUAACCCUUUAACAAGCAUCACAACCUCCUGGUUGACCUUUUGUCUAUAGGUUAAUAUUAUAUAUUAAAAUAAAAAAUGCGUAGAGAGGUUUAAGAGUGCACUUUAAAGGAGACCUAUCAUGCCCCUUUUAUGAAAUGCUAAAUGUCUGAUGUCCCUAGAUAAUAAAAAAACUAAAAUACCCCAUGGAUAAUGUUUCAUAACUCUUUGGAACUGCCUCUUUUAGGAUUUGAUCCUAAUUGUGCUAUUUUGGUGAACUGACCCUUCACUAAGCCCCGCCCCCUUAGUUACUGUUGUUACGCCUGUCAAGCUUUCAUGCCUGGCACGUCUAUUACAAUAUGUAUAGGUGUCAGACAUUCCCAGGGAUAUAAUCAGGGCUUGACAUUAACACCCGCCAAAUGCGCGUAGAUUUUCAGGUGGGUUAGACAGACAGACAGACAGACACCCCCACUAGCCACUUUGGCUAGUUAAAAAGGAUUUCAGAUUUUAUCGGGAGAGUAGCUGUGCUUUAUGUGCUUAAGGAUGGCUGAUAAAAGGCAUUUCAUUUGUUCUUGGGUCUUUCCGAGGUGCACCCAACUCUGUGAGUUCAUCAACUCCAUCAGAAGCUAUGCCUGGGUGACAGACGCUUUCCGACUGAGCUGGUGUUCUGUCGAUUUGUCCGACCUUGUCAGAUUGUCCUAUCACCCAUUCAAAAAGUAGGUAGCACAAUUUGAUGACGCAAUAUGCAACCCAUCAGAUUUUGCUACCAGUGUAAAUUUCAAUGUGGAGUAGUGUGAUAUGAAGCUGUAACAUCGCCCUAACCUACCUAAUCCCUGACCCCAGCCUCAGAACCAUUCAAAUACAGUGUUGGUAGCGUGAUCUAAUGGGUAGGUUAAAAUGUCAGGACACUGGUCCCAAUUUGAUGAGCUGUUGUUCCAUGUCGGCAGCAUGAUUUCCCUUCAGGACACCAACAAUAGGCGCUACGUCAUAAUCAUGCCCCUACUAGAGCAAGCUCUUGACGUGGCACGAAUGUCCGCUAAUAUAAUCACGUCUUUGCAAUGACUUAACAUGUAAAUUGCUCACACUAUAAAGUCAGACGGCUGCUUCUCACUCAGGGCUAUCUAUGCUAAUGAGAGAGAGAUCAUCUCUAAUGGGCGGGGCUUUCCCCCUUUGAUGACACGUGCAAAGGGAGAAUGUCAAAGUGUUUCUGCAGACUGUUUUUAUCAAGUGUGAUUCUAAAAAAUAUAUUAGUAAUUUGUUUUAGCAUUAGAAGCUAAUUAUAUUCACAGACUUUUGCCAUACAACUGUGUUUAAACCCUUAUAAAAGUGAUUUUUGCAUAAUAGGUCCCCUUUAAAGGGUUACUUCUCCCAAAAAUGAACGUCUUUCUUCUUUGUUCCUCUUGUAUGUCUUUGUAAAUCAUGUUAGUGCAGGUCUGAUGAUCGAAACCUUUGUAAAUUUGCAGCCAUAAUCCAUUUAAUUCCUUUUUCCAGUAAAGACUCCUCUGUUUGCGUCACUUUUCGGUUCAGAAAGGGAUUGCGGAUGCUACACUGUGCGGAUUUCUAUGAGUUUUGAAUGCAUUCAAAAAGACUUAAUCCAUACUGGCACAUAUCCAUGUAUUCACUCUUUACUAUACUGUACCAGCCUCCAAAACAUCUGUAAAACUACAGGUCAGGUGUGUCAUUUCUGUGUCAAUAUAGCAGACAACAACAAAACAUCUUCAUGAUCAUUAUAGAUCUGGUUAUGCUUCACAAAUCGGUAACAUUUCAUUUUAAUACUACUAGUGGUGCAAAAAUGACACACUUGACUGUGCUUUCUGAUACUAUUUUACCUGUUGAUUCAAUGCUGAUGUCCCUAUUGUAUACUUAAAGAAUAGAAUACAAAGUUAAGGUAAAAUACAAAUAAACUGCAUUUGACUUGUUUUUUUAUUUUAUUUAAAAAGCUGAUACUCACUGCCAAUUUAUUGUAUUUCAAUUGUAUUUCUGAGAAAAUGUGUGAUCUCUCAGUAAAACCAAAGGCAUUACAAGAGAACGGGCUCUCAUAGUCUGCAGCUGUUUUUAUUUCAUUCACAUUAAUCAUAUCGGACAUAUUAUUGUGUGGCGUUUCAGUAAACUGGGACUGAAUACUGAAUUAUUAGUCAGACCAAAAUGAAAACGUGAGUUCAGAUCACAACAUUCCAAUUAUCAAUUACAGUGUCAGGUUUGAAUAAAAGAUGGGGAACUAUA